GCCUCCACCACCCGCUGCAUGGCGCCUCCAGCAUCUCCAUCUCUCGCCGACGCCGCCGUUGUCCGCACUGUGUUCCGACGAAACCGCGCCACUGCCGCCACUGCAGCUGCCGCCUCCAGGACGAUUUCGGGAGAGACACAUUACCGAGACGAGCGCCUCUGACCUUCCUUCCAGAGGGGGCCUUGCGAGCGGCACUCUGCCCGGCAACCCCUGAACCCCACCGUGAGGGGAUCUGAGGGAAAGCCUCCCCGGGGGGUUUUCUCGUCGUCCUCAGCUGGAUCGCCGACGCGAGGCUGACCCAGCAAGAGGCGACGCUCGAACCUCGAGGUCUACCUUGUGCGCCUGUACGAAGUAACCCUCCAACAAAAAAGAAAAAGAAAAAAAAAUAACCGUGGAUUUACUAAACGUGACCCACGUGACCUUUUAACCGCAUUUCUCUGUAUUCCUUUAUUCGUUAUCCUUCUGACCCCUGUUCUACCACUGACCAGCAGACACACCAGGAUCUCCCAGAUCCUGACCAAAUUCCUCCCCCAAAACCAAAUCAGUUAAAAAAAAAAGAACAAAAAAAGACUAAGAAAAAAAAUACUUCCCACAGCAAGCCCACAGUAUCUCACUCCUUUCCCCUUCACGCCCACGCCUCCGCCCACACCCACAGCGCACGCCGACGACUUGAACGACUCGACCCCGCGACGACGUCUUCGAAAAGGGCGCCGCAUCCCCCGCCGUUCCACCGGGGGAUCGACCUCCCUUGUUCAAGCUGUCCUGAAGCUGUGGUUCGCAUAGCUGGGUGAUAGUUGGGAGAGAUACUUGACAAAAAAAUAAUUUAAAAAGAAAGAAAAAAAGUUCAAAAGAUUUAGAAACUAAUAAAAAAUAAAUAGAUAUAUAUGUUGCAUGUGAGUGGUUCGCGAAUUCUGGAAGGAUAUCGAUACAGUGUCUCAAUCCUGUGAUAAUCGUGUCUGCAGUGGGAGUCGUGCGCGGUUCAUCUCCUUAGUGACUCGGGAGAAACCAAAAGAAAGAAAGGAAGGAGAGAAAGAAAAGGAAUAAAACACAGUGAGAAGAACGCAUCCGCUUGAACAUCGAGACGCAGAAAUUGCUGGCAUCAUCCGAGGAAGAGCGAGAAAAAAUAGAAGAAGGAUAGAAAAGAAGAGAAGAAAACGAAGAGAAUAAAAGAGAGAGAGAAAAAAUAAGAUGAACUAAAAGCCGAGGAAGAGAAGAGAAGAGAGAGAGA